AUGGAACUCCCCGCAGACUUCCUACCAAAAGUUGCGCCAUUCCUCGGUUACGUGGACCGAGUCAACCUCUCCAAAGUCAACCGUGCUCUCCAGGAUGAAGUCAAAAGUUGGAAGCCGGAAGUGAAAUACAUCGAAGUACAGUGUAACCAAAACCGAUCAAUAAUGACGUUAGAUGGGAUACAAGUACAUUACGAGAACGUGGUUCAACCCGGUGGACGACCAACAACAACAUGCAAGGUCACGCACGUGGGAAGACGAUCGAAGAUGCUCCAGAAUGCCAACCAGCUGGAUUUGAUCCUUAGUGACGUUGAGACCGUUCUCCGAAAUCCUAAAGCGCAACUGGAGAAGUUCGAAGUAUUUUCAACAACAGGAUUCGAACAGAAGAUAAUUGAGAAGUUGGGCUUGCUUGUCCCUCAAAUCGAAGCAAAAUCCGUGAACCUCACCAUGCACUGUUCAGCAGGUCAAGAAACAAUUUUGUCUAGUUUCCAAUCUGGAGUUCUGGAGUCAUUGGUCUUGAAUGACAUGAAUUGUCCAGGAAUCGACUGCGGAUCGCAUAUCAACUUAGUGACUGGAUUGGAACAGUGUCAGCGUGCAAAACGAGUAACAAUCUUCACUCAUUCUCUGCGACCAGCCAAUUUUAAAUUAGAGAAUUUGACUGGAGUUGAAAUCUUGGAUAUGAAGUUCCAGCGAGAACAUUUGACGAUGUCAAUUGCAACUGCUGAGAACUGGUUGAACAUUCUCCGGCAGGAAACAUCAGAUCUGCCAGUCUUCAAAGUGGAAGUUCCAUUCGACUUCCAGCUUCAGGAUUUUGUCAGACAUAUGAGAAACGUCACAGGUCUUGCAGUUCAACACCACGGCAACAUGUGUGGUCUCAAUAUUGCUGCGAAACCCCAUGACUACCUGGAAAUGAUUCUCCAGUUGACUCCCCAUGCUCUGUAUGGUACUUUGAGGAUUACACGCAAAUUGCGCGUACGUGCAUAG